AUUAAAAGUUAAGUUUUAUAAAAGCAAACAAGCUAAUUUAGUUUCAGAAGGCAUUUAUUUAUGUCGUCUACCUCCAAGAAGAAAAAUUCCAAGAGAGGAAAAUCAAAAAGUAGCAAGUAGGAUAGCAAAUAAGAUCAAUAAUAGUUAGUUGAAGAAAAUACAAAGGGUAAACUUAAAUCUCAAGAUUCAAAAAGAGAAAAGUCCAGUACAAAAACAAAGAAGUAAAAAAAUGAAAAUAAUUUUAUAGAAUAAGAGAUAUCUUAAGAAGAAAUUCAAAGAGAGUUAGAAAGACAAAGGAGAAAAGAACUUUUAUAGUUGCAAGCUUAAUAGUAGCUAAGAGAAGAGAUGGAAAGGAGAAAAAGGGAGUAGGAAAUUUUAUCAUAAAAAUAGAAGGAGGAAGAAUUAUUAGCUUUGUAAAAGUAAAGGGAAAAUGAAAAAAUUAUGUAAUAGAUUAAUUAAAUUAAGUAGUAAAUGAAAGACUCGCAAUUCUAUUUAAUGAGUGAAAAAUAAAUAACGAAUACAUUAAAUAUGCUUAGCUCAUUAUAAAAGCAGUUUUCAACUGGUAAAUUUAAAGAAUUGAAAAUUGAAAAACUUGAAAAAGAAAAAGAAAAGUAAAUAGGAUUGCUAAUUGCAAUGCAAAAAUUAGCAGAUUAAUUUUUGCAGUAAGUGUAUCAAUCAAAUAAAAAAGUAAAUUUUAAAGAGUGUGCCAUAUCAGAUUAUGUAAAAUGGCUUUAGCAGCCUGCAGAAAAAAAAUCAAAAAAAUUCUCUUCAUCACCAAUCUCAAGAGAUUAAGAACAUGAAGAUAAUAUAGACUCAGAAAAGAGAGCUAUUAAGUAUAUGCGCGAACAAGCUAGCAACAAAGAUAAUCUUUUAGCUAGGAAUAGUAUCUCAAAUGAAAAGAAUAUAGGCACGAGCAAUGGGAAUAACCUUUAGGCUUUGAAGGAUUUUUAUGAAAAUGAAAUAAAGCAAAUAAAAUCAAAAAUAGUCUAAGAGUAGAAUAAGAACAGGUUAAACAUACAAAAGCAAGCUGAAGGUGAUUCAAAUGAAGAAAAGCUUACCUUAAGAAAUGAAAAACUCAAUGAAAUGAUAGAAAAUUUAGAAUAAAAUAUGUAGAAAUUUGGAGACAACUAAAAAAUUUUCAAUAAUUACUAUAAAAUAAAAGAUUAGAGGGAGUAAAUAAAGAAAAUAUAAAUGGAUAUCAAAAACCAGUAAAAAAAUUUUGAAAAAUAGUAUGAAAAAAAAUCAAAAACGCUAAGGUUUACUUAAAAAAAUUUAGCUGAUGUCUAAAAAAAUAUUGAUGAAAAGCUGUAUGAGAUAAAUUAACUUAUAAGUUUUAUGAAGGAUGUGUCUAAUGAUCCUUUUAACUGUCAAAAUUAAUUAAAAGAAAAGAAUUUAAAAUACUUUGUCGCUUAAAACCAUGGUUUUGAUUAUCACUUGAUUGCACACCUACCUCCUGAUAUUUUUGAAACAUAAAAUUACAUAGAUGCUAAUAAUAUGCUGAAUGAAACAUACUUUGUUCCUCAAGUUGGGGUAAAACCUAAAUAUUUAAGCUUCUAAUCUCCUUACAAAGAAUAUGAAGAUUCUAAAAAAAAGAAAAAGAAACAAAAUGGGUUCUCAACUAAUAAAUAAAUUUAAAAAGAUCCUAUUAAACUCAUAGAUAAUUUUGCCAGCUAAAACAGUAAUAAUGGUUAAAAUUAAAAUCUCAACAAAGAAAAUCUAGGAAAUAUUAUUUAAAAUCCGAACAAGGAAAAUAACAAUAUAGAUUCAUCUCAAAAUUCUCCUAGUAAAAACAAUAAUUAAGCUAAUAACUUAUAAAAUUUAAUAUAAAUAGUAAAUACUAAUACAACUAUACAUUCAUAAAAUAACUAAUAAGAAAUCUCUCCUCCUUAAUCCAUGUUGUCUUCUCAAUAGCAGAAACAACAUUAGCAAGAUCAACCUAAAAUAAAAAGCUAAAAAAAUUUUAUUUAAAGAAAUCUAACUAAAAUAGCAGGUGCCCCAGGAUACACAAAACUUCAAUCAAUAGAUACAUCAAGAACAUAAAAAAGUUCUUAUAAUUCUUAAAAUUAAAAUAAUUUAAAUAAUAUAAAUCUAUAAAAUUUACAGAACAUAAACAUUUAAUUAAAUACAUAAAAUAAUUCAAUUAUUAAAAAUAUAACUACAACUGCAGCAACUAAUUCAAACAUAACUACUAAUAAUUAUAACAAUAACAGCAACACUAACAACAACAAUAAUAUCACAUCUUCUUCAAAUUCUUCUAAUCAAUAAAGCUAGCCUGCUGAAAGCCAACCACUUAUUUUACCUUAUAUAACCUCUAGCAAAAUUAUUACAAAUACUUCUGAUAACAUUCAUCUUUAGAUAGACACAGAAGUAGAUGGAAUUUAUGGAACGGAAGAAGCAUAAAAGAUCCUUCCUUCUAUGAAUAAAGACGAUACUCUAAGGAGCAAUAUUAUUAGCAAAUACGAAGUAAAGCAUUCGAUUAGCAGACACCUAAUGAAAAAUAUAAACUAAAUUUCUCCUCUACCAACGAAAAGAAAAUCUAUGAUAGAUAUGCUAAGAAAUAAUUAAUCUUUUGAUGAAGAGACUUGCCUUGCUAAUCGUUCAUUAAAUAAUAAUAUUUAUAGAAUUCAGGAAAAUAACUAAAACAUUUAAGAUGAGAAUUAUUUAGAUGUUAUAAAAUUAAAUUGCAAUAACAAUAUUAAUAUAAAUUAAUUCGAUACAGAAAGAGAGAACCUUAAUAGUAAUUAAUAAAAAAAAUAAAGAUUAAAUAGGUCACUGAAUUUAGGAAAGACAUAAAAUAAUUAAAGGUAAAACAGUUUAACAUAGUAAAAUUAAGAAUAGCAAACCCAAACUAAUACUAAUGAGGGUAGCGUACAUUUUUCAAAUAAGGUGAACGUUGAGUCUUUAGAAUAACAUGCUAGAGAUAUAAAAUAGUUAAGCUAUCUUUAUGCAACAGAAAAUAUAAGGUAAUUUAAUGAGAAUAAAAAAGGAAAGUAAAUUUUAAAUAAGCUGAUGAAUCCUAUCGAAAAUCAGCAAUCAUCUCUGCUCUCUUUAGCUCAAGGAAAAGAUAAAAAGAAUAUUUAGAUUAAAAAAAGAAUAGAAUAGUCAAGAUAUCAAAUACUUAAAAUGAACUAAAACGACUCUGUAUUAUCUAAACAAUUUUAAGGCAAUCAGCAAAAAUAUACACAAGUAAUCCCUUAAAUAAAUUAUAGCACAUAACAAUAGAUAGAAAAAAAAGUAAGCUCUGAAGCACAUGGAGCAAGUAAAGUAUAGUAAACUAAAAAGUUUUCUUCACAAAACGGGACUCCUAUGAGCACUAUGACAUAAAUGACUAAUACGAAUUAGAAUGAAGUAAGAAACGAUAUCUGCAUUUAAAAUAUUAGUUUGAAUCCAUUAGUCAGUCCUAGCAAAUAAUAACAAAAUAAAAAAUAAUUCUCAUAAGAUUAUGAGUUAGAAUAAUAAUAUUCGUAUAUUUCUAAUUAGAACGGAAAUAUUUCUCCAAAGAAAGUAGGAAUUCAAAUAAACAAGUAAAACACUAAUGAGUAAACAGAUGAAAAACAACAAUAUUAAUACUCGGGUUAAAAAGCAAUAAAUCCUAACUAUAUCAAAUUAGUAAGCUAUAAUGGUCUACUUUCUAAUAAUGUCUCCAUUUAAAAUACAUAAACAUCACAGCCUAAUUCAAGUAGCAAUCCUCCACCCUCAACAAAAAAAUAAAAUUUGUCUAAAAUUAAUAACAAAAGUUAAAUUUAAGGUUAAGAGUGUGUUAUUUUUCCUCCGGCAGCAGCUGAUUAUACUAACAAACUAAUCACUCAAAGAAGGAGUAAAAGUGUAUUUAACAAAGAAGAAGAAAUAGAAUAAAACAAAAGAUUUUUAUCAAAUUAAAAAUAAAUUUAUAUUAACAGCUCUGAAUAAAAAAAUUAUUAUCACCAACAGACAGCAAGUGAAUCAGAAAAUAAAAGCAACUAUUAAUCAAAUAACUUGAGGAAGAAUUGA